UGCCUUUAAGACUGCCCCCUUGUCAAUGCCAGGGUCCCUGACCUUGCCGUCCUCAGCUGAGUUGGAUUAAGGCAGUUUUUCAGAGGGAGGGGGAAGGAAGGUGGCCGAACGCUUUAAUGCUUGCAAAUUCUCCCAAGAAACCUGGCAGGCCCCCUUGUCCCAUGCGCCUGCCUACCAGAAUGGUCUUGGGUAACGGAGGCGACGACGCCAGGAUCUUGCCUGGGUUGGACAAGAGCAAGCCUGGGACCAGAUCCUGACAGAAGACGCAGAAGAGCAUUGCAUCCCUGUCCUGUCCUCCUCGAUGCGGUGAAGUCCCAAAGGCCAUAGGAAGACCACGACUGAUGCCGCAGGAGGUGGGGGGAUGCGGCAGCCUCGGCAGAGCAGGGCUCCUGUCCACCUUCCCCACACCGUCUCUCCCCACCACCAUGAAGGACUAUACCGAGAUUAUCCUCUACCCUGAAGCCCAGGAUCAGAGCAAGGAAAAUGCCGGCAACCUGAUGCCACCUGCUUUGCCACAGUAUUUGUUGACAGAGUUCUCCAACCCGGCUUUUGAAGAAGACGGUGAAGCACCGGCCCAGAGCCAAGCGGAGGGGGAAAACAGCGUGAAAGUCACCGCCAAUGGCUUUGCCCAACAAGUUCGGGAUGUGGCAAACAGGAAAUUCAAACCCGACUGCAAGUUCUCCUGGGUCUGCGUUGCCAUCCUCACUCUGGUGCUACUACUUCUCUUGGCAUUGUUGGUCGGCAUCAUCAUCACCUCCCAGUUGAAAUCCUCUCAAUCCAUCAAGCCUUCGCCAGGGGCCUCUUAUGCCCACACUGUCCCCAGCACUACCUCAGCUCCCAUCUCCAGGACCACAUCGAUCCCGGCGUCCACAACCACCGCCACAACCUCACCACCCCGGGAAGAAUUGUAUGGAACCACAAUACCGGCACCCCUUUGUGGGGGUAACCUUCACGGCCCCAAAGGCUCCUUUAGCUCCCCCAAUUACCCUUCUCCGUAUCCCCCCAACGUCCUUUGCAAAUGGCACAUCCAGGUGACCGAAGGCAUGGUGAUCCAGCUCAAGGUGGACGUGUUGGACGUGGAAAGCUCUGCUUCAUGUCUCUACGACCGGCUGGAAGUCUACAAGGAACAUGACGGCACCUCAUUAUGGGACGGCAAUAGCUGGUACUGUGGCACCGUUGCACCAGCAACCAUCAACACCAACUCCAGCCGGCUGCAGGUCGUCUUUGUCUCGGACGAAAGCAUCGCUCCUUCGGGAUUCACCGCUCACUAUCAGGCCAUUUUGCCCAGUGAAAAGAACUGUUCCUGGGAUGAGUUUUCCUGUGACCAAGGACUGUGUCUCCUUCCAUCCUACCUUUGUGAUGGUUACCACAACUGCCACGACAGGACGGAUGAAGUCAACUGCACCACGAAGCACAAAGAUUGUGGGGGGACCCUAACCAGCUUGGAGGGGAGAUUCUUCUCCCCGAAUUUCCCCCAGCCUUACCCACAUCUCCAGCUCUGCCUCUGGCACAUUUCGGUGCCCCUCGGCCAUGUGAUCGACCUCCGCUUCCACAACUUCAGCCUCGAGUCGCAGGAGGAGUGCAACUACGACUUCGUAGAGGUCUACGACAGUGCAGGGAUGGGAGCAACCAGCAUCAUGGGAAGGUUCUGCAACUCCAACAUGCCACCUCUUCUGACCUCGUCGCAGCACGUCAUGACCAUCCUUUUUGUGGCAGACGAAGGAAUCGCAGACAGCGGCUUCUUUGCCACUUACCGGGCCUACAAUGCAACAGAAAAAACAUGUGGGCCCUUUGAGUUUGCCUGCAGAAAUGGAGAGUGUCAGGCGGAGAGGUUGGUGUGCGACGGAUGGCACGACUGUCCAGACGGAAGCGACGAACUCAACUGCACCACCAUCUCCUACCCAUCUUUUGAGCCCUCCUGUGAACUGAUUGAGGUAGAGAUGUGUUUGGGCCUCAGCUACAAUACCACCUCCUUCCCCAACAUCUGGCUGGCCAUCCCAGAUCAGCAAGGGGCCGAAGAGAUACUCCAAGACUAUCUGAUGCUGAAGGACCUGGCCUGCUACCCGCACCUCCGCUUGUUCAUCUGUGGCCUAUUUGUCCCCAAAUGCACGCCGGACGGGGGCAUCCUCCAGCCCUGCCGCUCCAUCUGUUUGGACACCGAACAGCGGUGCCAGCAGCCCCUCAGCCUCCUGGGGGUCACCUGGCCCCUCAACUGCAACGUCCUGCCCGACUCCAGCAACCCCUCAGAGUGUUUCAUGCCCUGAGAAGUGGGCCCCAUGUGACCAAAGGAAGGAGCGAAGCCUUGGAGUCAACAGGGUUGGGUUAGGCAGCCCUUGUGGCCUCUUCCAGAUCUCUGAUUCUUUGAUUCUAGCCUUGUCCUAAGUCAAAAUGUCAACUGAGAAGGCCUACUGGUAUGGCAUCCUAUAGGUUGCUCCCCAAAAGUUUGCUAGGAGAAGGGUGGGGAACAUCCCAACCUUGUGCCAAAUCCAGCUGAUCUACGAUCUCAGUCUGUUUCUCUGAAGUUCUCCAGAUGGGUUUCUUCUCUUCUUCAUGAUACUACAAUGAGUGCUGUAGAAACGAAUCUCAUUACCUUAAGCCAAAUCUGACCAUCUUGAAGUCUCAAUCUGUCUCUCUGAAGUUCUCCAUAUGGUUUUCCCCUCUUCUCUGUAACACUGCAAUGAGUCUUGAAAGGAACCUCCCUACCUUAAGCCAAAUCCAGCCAUCCUGCAGUCUCAAUCCCCAUCCCCACCUUCUUCAUAAUACUAUAAUGAAUGACAACGGACCUCAUCUAUAGCAUCUACACAGCGGAACUGAUGCAGUUUGGCAACCCUUGAAUUGCCAUGAUUCAAUGUAACAGAAUCCUGGACGCUGUAGUUUUGCAAA